UUGUAUAGAUAUCUGUAUAUACAAUUCUGGAUCUUUCAGAAAGAUGUAUUCAUUGUCAGGAUUUCCGUGAUAUACAAAACUGUGCGCAGAGAGAAACUGUUUGGGUCAGGGAUUCGAACACCGGAUCUGUUCCUUCCAUGUUCGAUCUCGAGAGCCCAAGGGGCCCAAGCUUACUGCACGGAUCAGGAAACGACCUGUGCGCCAGACCCUUUGUUUACUUCACCUUCUUCCUAUAUCCACUUUGCUCAUUAACCUUCGACCAUUCAUGGAUCAGCUUCAUGCAUCAGCUUCAUGCAUCAGCUUCAUGCAUCAGCUUCAUGCACCAGAAUAUUCAUUUGUCUGCUAGAGUCACCUACGCAGUUAAUAUCCAAGCCAUUCAUUGUUUAUUUUGGGGAUAUGUAGUCGCUCCUCUGAAGUUGGACCAUUCUCUCGGGUCAUCUCAAUCUGCUCCACGGUCUCCGCUCCAUAGAAUAUUUAUUAUCGAACGCGCUGCAGGUCCAGCUGAUGGAAAUACCUCAACAUAUCUCAAUAUUACUAGUCUUGAUGGCAAUCAUUCCAGACCAAUACUGGAAGUAUCGCAAAUGACGAUACUCUUCAGUCGGCUUAUCAAAAUUCUUUUACCAAAUCCAGCCCAACCUAAUAUCAAGCGCCGCCAAAGAUACAAGAUGCUAAACCAGAAAGAGCCUGGGCUCGAAUAUUCAAUAAAAUUAAAACUUCAUUGAAACAUGCCAUUAAAACUCCGUCACUUACCGUCGGAGUGUUACGGACUCGAAAAGCCAGGAGAGAUUUAUUUCCGUGACAAGAGGAUACUGAUAUGGUAUUGUCUCCAGUAUUACAACAAUAUUUC